AUGGGGCCAGUGGAGUGCAUGUUUCUCAGUGUUUUUCUCUCUCUCUCUCUCUCUCUGCAGGUGACCCUGGAGAAGGUGCUGGGCAUCACGGUGACCGGGAGCAGGAGCCUGGCCUGUGACUCGAAGACUGGACUCAUAGCCUAUCCAUCAGGGUGUGUGGUUGUGCUCUUUAACCCCAAGAAGAACAAGCAGCACCACAUAAUGAAUGGAUCAAGGAAAACAAUCACAGCGUUGGCUUUCUCUCCAGACGGCAAAUAUUUGGUUACAGGGGAGAGUGGCCACAUGCCUGCGGUCAGGGUGUGGGAGGUGACGGAGCGGGCACAGGUGGCGGAGUUGCAAGAGCACAAGUACGGGGUGGCGUGUGUGGCCUUCUCCCCCAACGCCAAGUACAUCGUCUCCGUGGGCUACCAGCACGACAUGAUCGUCAACGUGUGGGCCUGGAAGAAGAAUGUGGUCGUCGCGGCCAACAAGGUGUCCAGUAAAGUGGCGGCCGUCUCCUUCUCCGAGGACAGCAGCUAUUUUGUUACUGUCGGCAACCGACACGUCAAGUUCUGGUACCUUGACGCCUCCAAAGCCUCGAAGGUGAACGCCACAGUACCUCUGCUGGGCCGCUCGGGGCUACUGGGGGAUCUACGCAACAACUUCUUCAGUGACGUGGCGUGCGGGAGGGGCAGGAAGGCAGACAGCACCUUCUGUAUCACCACCUCCGGACUCCUGUGUGAGUUCAACCAGCGGAGACUGCUCGACAAGUGGGUGGAACUCAGGAACACAGACAGUAUAACAACCACCAUGGCGAGCUGCCUGUCAGUCGGCGAGGACUAUAUUUUCUGUGGCUGUGCGGACGGCACCGUGCGGCUCUUCAAUCCCAACAACCUGCAUUUCAUCGCCACCAUGCCCCGCCCCCACCCCCUGGGCACGGACAUCGCAGCCGUCACUGAGCCCAGCCACCUGUUCUCCAACAAACCAGAUGCCAAAUACCCCGACACCAUCGCCGUGACCUACGACCUGACUAACCGCUGGCUGUCGUGUGUGUACAACGACCACAGUCUUUACGUGUGGGACGUGAAGGAUGUGAGGAAAGUGGGAAAGGUCUACUCCGCUCUGUACCAUGGCUCGUGUGUCUGGAACGUUGAGGUGUACCCCGAGGUGGAGGACAGUAACCGGGCCUGCCUGCCUCCCGGCUCCUUCAUCACCUGCUCCUCGGACAACACCAUCCGGCUCUGGAACACCGACAGCUCCAGUAUUCACGGCACAUCUCUGCACCGCAACAUCAUCAGCAACGAUUUGCUGAAGAUCAUCUACGUGGACAGUAACACACAGCCGCUGCUGGACACCGAGAGCAACUGUGCCGAGAAGAGCGACUCUCAAACGCCGGAGACCAAGACCGGUAUCCGCACACUCUGUGUCAGCCCCGACGGGCAGCACAUGGCAUCUGGGGACCGGGCUGGCACUCUCAGGGUCCAUGAUCUGCAUCUGUUGGGAGAGCUGCUUCAGGUGGAAGCCCAUGACUCAGAGAUCCUGUGUCUGGAGUACUCCAAACCCGAGACCGGGAUGAAGCUGUUGGCCUCGGCCAGUCGGGACCGGCUGAUCCACGUGCUGGACGUGGAGAAGGAUUACCGGUUGCUGCAGACCCUGGACGAGCACUCCUCCUCCAUCACAGCCGUCAAGUUCACAGCGAUCGACGGCAGCGUGCGGUUGAUCACAUGCGGAGCCGACAAAAGCAUCUACUUCCGGACGGCACACCAGUCGGCCGAAGGCACUCAGUUCACCCGCACACAUCACGUGGUUAGAAAGACCACGCUUUACGACAUGGAUGUGGAUUCGUCGCGGAAGUACGCUGCCAUCGGCUGCCAGGACCGGAGCAUCCGGAUAUUUAACAUCAGUAACGGCAAACAGAAGAAGCUGUACAAAGGGUCUCAGAGUGAGGACGGGACGCUGAUCAAGGUUCAGAUCGACCCCUCCGGCCUGUACAUCGCAACCAGCUGCUCCGACAAGAACCUCUCCAUCUUUGACUUCUACUCGGGAGAGUGUGUUGCCACCAUGUUUGGCCACUCAGAGAUUGUCACUGGAAUGAAAUUCAGCAAUGACUGUAAGCAUCUGAUCUCCGUUUCUGGAGACAGCUGUGUGUUUAUCUGGCGCCUGAGCUCAGAGUUGACAAUCAACAUGAGGCAGCGUUUGGCCGAGAUGAGACAGAAGGAGAAACGGCAGCUGAAGACUCCGCCUCACAAGCACUCCAUCCCCAUCAGACGAGAGACAUUCACUGUGGCUCCUGCGACCGCCAUGUCUUCGGACAGCGAGAAGGAAGCGGAGGAUGAUGUGAACGGGGAAGAGGACGAGCCUGGCCUCAGCUUGCUCAACAGAGGCAGUGUGGAUGGUGCUGACCUGUGCUCGGGCCAGCUGUACGGGGGCAGCGUGAGGAGCCUGGGUCAGUGUGGGAGCGGCAAGGCGGAUGCUGGGACCAGGAGGCUGGAGGCAGCUUGUGACGUAGCCCCCAGGCCUCGUGGACGGUGGUCUCACCGUGUGAAUAACCUGGAGCUGAGCGUCAAGUCCAUGCUGGACCUCCGCCAGCUGCACUCCUUCCCAUUCUCCCCGGCGUUGGAUCUCGGCUUCCCCCCGGAGAGUGGCCUGUCGGAGAGUGGGGGCUUCGGCGAGCUCGAGGGGGAGAGGCAGGCCGGCCGGUCCAGCGUGGAGACUCUGCUGAGCGAUAUUGAGGAGCAGGAGGCUGUGUACUCAUCCUUCACUCGGCCUCGCAGCAUCAGACUGAGCUCCCGACACCCCAGCACCCCCGAGUCUGAGGAGACCAUCUACCCCAUCGAGCAGGACAUCACCACCGAGAUUGAGAGUGAGUAUCAGGUGAAGGAGCUACAGGGGGUGGUGCUGAGGAAGGAUUGCCGUAGUGUUGUGGAGAAGCACAGCCCAGACAGCGCCUGCUCCCUGGAUUACUGCAGCAGCCACCUGUCCAGCCCUGAACACCCGCACGAAGAUUCGGAAUGCACGGAGCCGCUGAGCGUGGAUGGGAACUCGUCGGAUCUGGAGGAGGAGGAGGAUGAGCUGAGCCGGAGGAGGGAGAGUGUCGUGCCCAGAACGCCGGAUCAGGAAAUGUUCCUCAAGCAGCACUUUGGGACCCUGGCCGACGAGAUGGCAGGAGUGAGGAUUGAGCAGCGUAGGGGCAGUCUGCAGUCUGAGGCCAGAGAGCACCAGGCCUUGCUGAACGCCAGGCUCAGCAUCUCAGCCAAGUUCCUCUCCCGGUCGCUGACAUCCAGCCCCAGAACCUCAUCAGACCUUCCCUCCCAGGCGCCUCACCUUCCUUGGCCAACAGGAGAUCAGCCCCCAGUUCCAGCCUCCAAGGUACAAGAGAAGGAAGAGAUCUCUGCAAUUCAGGGUGAGAGCAAAGCAGAGAUUUCUACCACAGAACCUCAGGAACAGGAGGACACAGCCAAAUCCAAGAUCUGGGAACAGAUACAGGUAGAGAAUCUUGCAUCAAAAUCCUUUACGUUGUUAAACUAUACCCCAGUGAAAAGCCCAGUGAAAGUCACGCUGAUAGCAGAUGCCAAGACUGUCGCAGAGAAGCCAUCGCCUGUGAAAAUGCAGGUUACUCAGAGGAAAGAGACCACAACCCUGGAGCCGCAGGGAGCUGGGAAGCCACAGGAAUCCUCAGCAUUUCCAUGUGUAUCUGUGUUAUCCAUCCCAGUCAUCAGGAAAUCCAAGUCAGUCCAUAACCUGGUCUAUGACGCUGACAGGACAGCUCCAGUCCUCCUCACUUCCACGACGCUUCAGUCCCAGUCAUUGCUGGUGACAGAGAAAGAUCCCAGGGCCAACCAGCGUCGGACUCUGUCACCGGCUCCUGCUAAAAUGGACAUCUCAGCCUCGUCGCCGAUGAAGGACAGCUCUCUGGGCAGGGCUGCCAGGCAGAAGUCCUACAUGAGUCCAACCACCAGCUCCAUGGCCAAAAUGUCCCGCAGCGUUUCGAUGGGCGACAGCCUGAACUUUGUGGAAAACGGCGAGGGCCUUUCGGUAACCGAAAGCGGGACCCUAGGGCACCCCACGUCGGACAUCUCACCCGCAGAGUCGCCCUCGGCAACCCUGGACACCGCAAAGAACCUUUCUCCCAAACCGGAGCUGGCUAAAGAGACCUGGAGAGAGAACGCGAGCUACAGAAUAGGUUCGCAACAGAUGGGAUCUCCAGGACUCUCUCCAGCGAGUGGCUCGCAGACUAAACUAACCCCUGGAGUCCGGGCGAACUUAUUCCUGGAUCUGCCCAACCCGCUGCCCGAUAGACCUUGUUUGGCUUCUUUCUCCGCUCCAGCCUGGUUCAAGUCUCCCUGUGAGGCCGAGUUUCCCAAACCACCUGCCUCGGGGAUAGGAGGAGGAGGAGGAGGAGGGAUGAAAUGGAAGGGUUUCUCGAGUGAGGGGCAAGGUGGUGGUGUGUUCACCCCCAGACAGGAGACCAGUGCUCAGCUAGAAUCACAGGCCUCCUGGAAGGGGCCCGGUGAGUCCCAGCUGGGGACGUCCCUCAGGUCCCCGUCCCACCCAGCGGCUCCUUCCUUCCUGCCCACGGGGUCCAGGUCCAAACGCACACGGCCAAGCUUGGAUCUGUCAGACACGUCCCCCGGCGUGCCCGCCGAUCAGAGACACACGCCAACCACUCCCACGGCGCCAGCAACACCUGCCAGCGGGCUGCAGACAGCUCCAGCCAAGGAAUCAGGUAUCUCCGUCAGUGUUCAGAGCUGUAAGCUGCUGGCCAGUGAGUUGCAGAGUUCCUUCAACAAAGCCUUGUGCCUGUAUCGAACAGUGACUGCAUGUCAAGACCCCUCCAAGGAGAGCUGCCAGAUCACAGCCAUUCUCCAGGACACAUUUUCCUCUGUGAGGAAGGACCUAGACUGUCUGCAGUGCUCUGUGGGAGGCUGUGGACCCCCAUUGCCAGGGCCGGGCAGGGUCACACCUUCUCCCCAGCCCCCAAGCAGCGAAGGCCUGGGGGACGAGAAGACCCAGGCGCUGUUACAACAGUACUCGGAGCUGUUGCUGAGAGCCGUGCAGAGGAGGAUGGAGCACAAACAGUCGUGAGCCGGGCAGGCUGGGGACCCGGGAUUGUGGGGGAAUGUCAGGCUCGCCCCUCUCCUCUCCUCUCUGCCCCCCCCUCCUCGGACUUUCCAUCCACGAGGACAAACCAAAGGCAACACUGCCCCUGCGUGCUCAGCCUGUGCUCCCUCACCCCACUCUGUCACACACGUGGACUUGUGUGACACUCAUCUUCUAUGCCCUAUGGCUCAGUUUUUUACAUCGAGGUUCCUGGAGUGUGACCUGGAGUGUGGGCGCUCAGUUUGCUCCCAACAGAUUAUUUCACAGUGGUAUUGGUGGUGGAAAGGAGGUGUGGAGAGCUGUUCUACAAUGAUCCUGUCUCCCCUCCUUGUCCCAUCUCUCCCUCUGCCGUUCUCCCUUAUACGCUCUCUUAUACAACAGACCAGACUGGAACACUACAGGCACCAAUGCAGGUCUCCCACUCUGACCUCAUGUCACAGUCUACAUUGAAUAGGAUCUUAGAAUCCUACAGCACAGGAGGAGGCCAUUCAGCCCAUCGUGUCUCUGCCGCCUCUUUGAAAGAGAUACCCAACCAGUCCUACUCCCCCACUCUUACUCCAUUACUCUGUAAAUUUUUCCUUUCGAAAUACAUAUCCAAUUUGUAAACCUGCCAUCCAAACCACUUCCACCAGCCUUUCAGGCGCUGCAUUCCAGAUCGUAACAACUCUCU